CUCACACCCCCUCUCCCCUCCCCCUCGUCUUAUGGGGUAGUUUUCAGGUGUUUGAAAAGCUUUUAAGGGUGCGGGGGAGAGGGUUUGUAAAGAGUAUGCACGAAAACUUAUGUGAUAAAUCUGGGUAGCUAGUGUAAUGGGUGCUGUUAUUGCGUAAACUUGUAAUGACACGAGCUCUCAUUAUGCAAGGGAAUGGAAUUUUUAUGAAUGGAGAGUUCAGCUCAGACCCAAUGGACCAGUAACAUACAAUGGAGACACUAUGGUGACAUCUAUUUGACUGAGACUGAUUCGCCAGUCACUAUGGAUAGGGUUGAAGUUCUGACUGAGGCCGCCUCUGCUGGGGCUGCUGCUUCUGCUUCUGCUGCACAAGUACCCAGUCAGUCUCAGCUGAAAACGAGAGAGGCCAAAUGUAAUAAGACUGCUGACGAUGUAGUGAAAAUUAGCAAGACAUCUGAUUCAAACGGCCACCGCAAUGAACUUACAAGUGUUGUGCGUGACUGUGCUGCAGAAGAAUUAGCAACUGCUUUCGAGGUUAAGGUGAACCUUGCAAAUGAACACUUGGUGAAUGGGUUCACUAAUGGAAUCCAACAGGAAACCAUGACAAAGGAAUGUAAUUGCGCUAAAAGCGACGUGAAGCCACUUAGUGAAAGCUCUAGUCCUUGUGAGUGCGUCAUUCCAGCUUUGGUGCACAACGGCUCCCCCAACCUUUCACAGGGGUCCUCUGAUAUUGUCAAUAGAGACCCCGAGACAAGGGGCAUAUCUCAAAAUCAUGGUAUAGUGUAUGUAUCUUACGAAUCAGAGCUACAAAUGCCAGACAUUAUGCGAAUCAUGAACAAGGAUCUUUCAGAACCAUACUCAAUCUACACUUACCGUUACUUCAUUUAUAACUGGCCAAAGCUGUGUUUCCUGGCUAUGAUAGGGUCAGAGUGUGUAGGAGCCAUUGUAUGCAAGUUGGACCUCAAUCUGAAAUCUGCCAAAAGAGGUUACAUAGCAAUGUUGGCUGUUGACAGUAACCAUCGGAACAAGGGAAUAGGCUCCAACUUGGUCUUGAAAGCAAUUGGUGCAAUGGUUGCUCUUAAUGCAGAUGAGGUUGUGCUGGAAUCUGAGAUAACCAAUUCACCCGCCCUACGUUUGUAUGAAAAUCUCGGCUUUGUCAGAGACAAACGACUCUUCAGGUACUAUCUGAAUGGUGUAGAUGCUUUUCGUUUAAAACUGUGGUUGAAAUGAAAUUAGAUUAGGAGUUGGUAAUGAACUUUUUGAUAAUACCUGUUGAAUAAAAUUUUGUGAUUGGUCUAAUCAGUUAAAAUUGCAAUUUCAACUUCCCUGAAGUCCAAACCAAAGAUAGAAUGUGAACAGGUAAACAAACACUUGGACCAUAUUAUUUCUUGCUUUGUGUGUUCUCUCAAGCCCCAAUUCUUUGACUAUCAUGUGAUGUUGUAAGUGUUGAAAUAUCUAUUGUCUGUUGUUAUAUGUAAAAACGAUAAUGUAGUAAGGUAUGAAACUUGUUUUGAGUGUUGUAAUUGGUUUCAGUACAUUUGCUCAUGAAGUACAGCUGGA